AUGGCGACUCCUGGAGCGCAUAAACGACUGACGAGAGAAUAUCAAAACAUACAAAAAGACCCUCCUCCAUACAUUGUUGCACACCCAUCAGAAUCGAACAUCCUCGAAUGGCACUACAUCCUGACUGGUGCGCCCAACACUCCUUACGAAGGUGGCCAGUACUGGGGCUCGCUCGUUUUCCCUUCUGAUUACCCAUUCGCUCCUCCCGCCAUACGAAUGCAUACUCCCAGUGGUCGCUUUCGUCCUUCCGAAAGACUAUGCUUGAGCAUAAGCGAUUUCCAUCCAAAAUCUUUCAAUCCAGCCUGGUCUGUUGCGACUAUACUGAACGGCCUAUUGUCGUUCAUGAACAGUGAAGAGAUGACCGCCGGAAGUAUAAGUAAUAAUCCUGCUGAAAGAAGGUUCUACGCUGCCAGAUCACGGUGGUGGAAUUCAACUGGUGGUGGCUCGGCGACCAGUCCAACACCUGGAGUGCAACAAACCGUGAGAGGUCUGGGCAACAUCAAGGCUGGUGAUGGAGGUGUCAAAUUCCGCUCAGAAUGGCCAGACGAAGAUGCGGAGAACUGGAAAUGGAUUACUGAGAAUAGGAUAGACCCGAGAACUGGCAAGUGUUUGCCUGAUCCUCCGGGUCAAACCGUUCAGUGCUCUCCAGAAACUGCAGCCUUGCGAAGAAGGUUGGGUGGAAUUCAUUCGUCUGGUGCACUUGUGCAGGGUGGUGAAGCGGUGAGGGACGCUGGGCAAAAUUGGUUUGGGAAGAGAGGUCUAUACUACGCCUUAGGCGCAUUCAUGCUCUACGUUAUUGCCCUACGGGUGUUCGGCGACGUCGACUGA